GUUGUCAAAGAAUGUCAAGAAAUCAGAAUUCUUCAUUUUUACAGAAUAAAUAAAAAUUAAAUAUUUCGCUACAUACUCUAUUUACAAAAAUAUUUAUUAAUUAAUUUUUUUUAGAGCCAUGGGUGUUCACGGCCACGAGCCUCCGUACAAAGUUCCACCUUACUCACAAUUCCAAAUCCAAGGCAUUCCUCAGUUGGAGGAGCUUGAGCAAGCACUCGCAAAGAAGGGUCUCCGUGACCCAUGGAUCAGAAAUGAAGCUUGGAGGUACCACCCUGGCUUUGGAACCAAAUGGCAACGCGCUAGGAAGGUGUUCUUCCGUGGGUUCGGCAUAGGACUGGGACUCACGGUGGUGGCUGUUGGUGCUGAAAAGCUGUUAAGCGGCGGAGACAAGCACGGCCAUGAUGAGCAUUGAUUGUUGAUAGGAUAGUGUUAGUGAAUUAUACUUGAUACUGUUAAUGUGGCUUCUUUAUUUGUAAAAUAAACUUAAUAUAACCAUUA